AUGUCGUACACUAAGCUUGAAUUGGAACCGCUUUUCUCCAAAAUUGAAGAAUUGAAGCCUCAAUUUAUCACCAGAUUGGCCAAUGCAGUGGCAAUUCCUUCAGUAUCAUCGGAUGAAGAUAAACGUCCCCAAGUUGUGGCAAUGGCCCAUUUCCUUCAAAAGGAGUUAACCAACUUGGGAUUCACUGACAUCCAAUUAAAGGAUUUGGGUACUCAACCCCCACCAACUGUCAAUAAAGAAUUGCAAUUACCCCCAAUUGUUUUGGCUAGACAUGGAAACGAUCCCCUGAAGAAAACUGUGUUGAUAUACGGACAUUAUGAUGUUCAACCAGCAUUGUUGGAAGAUGGAUGGAACACUGAACCUUUCAAAUUGGUUCAUAAUGAAGCCAAGGAUAUUUUAUAUGGUAGAGGUUCCACCGAUGAUAAGGGUCCUGUAAUGGGAUGGUUAAAUGUUGUUGAAGCACAUAAUGCCUUGGGAUGGGAAUUGCCAGUCAAUUUAGUAUGUUGUUUUGAAGGUAUGGAAGAAAGUGGAAGUUUGGGUUUAGAUGAAUUGGUUGCUCGUGAAGCCCAACAAUAUUUUAAAGGCGUUGAUACAGUUUGUAUCAGUGACAAUUACUGGUUAGGUACAAGUAAACCAGUUUUAACUUAUGGUUUAAGAGGUUGUAACUAUUACCAACUUACUGUUUCCGGACCUGGAGCUGAUUUGCACUCUGGUAUCUUUGGAGGUAUUGUAGCUGAACCAAUGACCGAUUUGGUCAAAGUUAUGUCACAAUUGGUUGACUCACAAGGUAAAAUAUUGAUUCCUGGUGUUUACGAUAUGGUUGCUCCAUUGACAGAGAAGGAAGAUGGGCUAUAUGACAAUAUUGACUUCAGUGUUGAAGAAUUGGAAGCUGCUUGUGGCUCCAAGACUGGAUUACAUGACAAUAAGAAGGAUAUCUUGAAGCACAGAUGGAGAUACCCUUCUUUGUCUUUACAUGGUAUUGAAGGAGCCUUUAGUGGUGCUGGUGCCAAAACCGUUAUUCCUGCUAAAGUUGUAGGGAAGUUUUCUAUUAGAACUGUUCCUGACAUUGACUCUGGAAAAUUGGACAAAUUAGUGUUUGACCAUGUCAAUAAGCUUCUCAAGGAAUUGGGUUCUCCUAACACUGGUAAAAUUGAAUUGAUUCAUGAUGGUAAUUAUUGGUUAGCUGAUCCCUUUAAUGAUCUGUUUGGAGCAGCUGCUAAGGCUACUGAAGAUGUAUGGGGUGUUAAGCCUGAUUUCACUAGAGAAGGUGGUUCCAUUCCAAUUACGUUGACUUUUGAAAAGGAAUUGAAAACAAGCGUUUUACUUUUACCUAUGGGUAGAGGUGAUGAUGGAGCUCAUUCUAUUAAUGAAAAGUUGGAUGUUCUGAAUUACAUCAAUGGGUGCAAAACCUUGGGUGGUUACUUACAUUACUAUGGAAAACAAUAA